AUCUCCCAAAGAGAGACUAAGAGAACUAGAGAGAGUAAGACAGUAAGAUAGUAAGAGGUAGAGAGAUGGUGAGAACUCCAACUUGUGACAAGAAUGGUCUAAAGAAGGGAACAUGGACACCUGAGGAAGAUCAGAAAUUGAUAGAUUAUGUUGCUAAUUAUGGCUGUUCCAACUGGCGACAACUUCCCAAACAUGCAGGGUUGUCAAGGUGCGGGAAGAGUUGUAGACUACGUUGGAUAAACUACUUACGUCCGAACGUCAAAAGAGGAAACUUUAGCCAAGAAGAGGACACACUUAUACUAGAAUUGCAUCAAUCGCUUGGAAAUAGAUGGUCUACCAUUGCAACACACCUACCUGGAAGAACAGAUAACGAGAUUAAAAACCACUGGCAUUCAUCCCUAAAGAACCGUUCAACUGCUUUUAUAUCUAAUCCAACCAAGGGAUAUGGUUUCAGAAGGGGAAGUAGUUGUAAGGAAGAUAAGAUGAAUGAAGCUUGUGAUAUUGACUCAGUGUUGGACCUUACUACUCAUAACAUACUUGAAAGCAUGCCGAUCCUUAAUGGCCCACUACCAAUAUCAACGAGCAUAUCGUCAGUGUCUAACACGGCAUCUUCAAGCACGAACUCCAAGAGUUUGGGUGUGGAAGAUGAUGCUAGUUCUAGGCAAGUGGUUGGAGUAAGCAUGGAUGAUUUUUGGACCGAACCAUUUUUGCAAGAUUUUGAUGGCAGCAUUAAUUGCACAAGUGAUGAUUUCUUGAAGCCAUUGCUUGACCUUGGGAUUUUAUUUCCACAAAGCCCCAUUGAUGAUCAAGAAAAUUUCUGGUUGUAUGGAUUAGAAAUUGAACAAACAAAUGAAGUACAAUGGUGA